CCUUGCCCUACUUUUUCUUCACAGACAUUGAUGAGUGUGCCGAAGGGCGCCAUUACUGUCGUGAGAACACGAUGUGCGUCAACACCCCGGGUUCCUUCAUGUGCAUCUGCAAAACUGGAUACAUCAGAAUUGAUGAUUAUUCAUGCACAGAACAUGAUGAAUGUGCCACAAAUCAACACAACUGUGAUGAAAACGCUUUAUGCUUCAAUACUGUUGGAGGACACAACUGCGUCUGCAAGCCAGGCUAUACCGGGAAUGGAACCACAUGCAAAGCAUUUUGCCAAGAUGGUUGUAGAAACGGAGGAGCUUGUAUUGCUGCCAACGUGUGUGCCUGCCCACAAGGCUUCACCGGGCACAGCUGUGAAACAGACAUUGAUGAGUGUUCUGAUGGCUUUGUUCAGUGUGACAGCCGUGCUAACUGCAUCAACCUGCCUGGGUGGUACCACUGUGAGUGCAGAGACGGCUACCAUGACAAUGGGAUGUUUUCACCAAGUGGAGAGUCGUGUGAAGAUAUUGACGAGUGUGGGACGGGGAGGCACGGCUGUGCCAAUGACACCGUUUGCUUUAACUUGGAUGGUGGAUAUGAUUGCCGAUGUCCUCACGGAAAGAAUUGCACAGGGGAUUGCAUCCAUGAUGGAAAAGUUAAGCACAAUGGUCAGAUCUGGGUGCUGGAAAAUGACCGGUGUUCCGUGUGUUCAUGUCAGAAUGGCUUUGUCAUGUGUCGACGGAUGGUCUGUGACUGUGAGAAUCCCACAGUUGAUCUUUUCUGCUGCCCUGAGUGUGACCCAAGGUUGAGCAGUCAGUGCCUCCAUCAAAACGGGGACACCUUGUACAACAGUGGCGACACCUGGGUUCAGAAUUGCCAGCAGUGCCGCUGCCUGCAAGGGGAAGUUGACUGUUGGCCCCUGCCUUGCCCAGAGGUGGAGUGUGAAUUCAGUGUCCUCCCCGAGAAUGAGUGCUGCCCGCGCUGUGUCACCGACCCUUGCCAGGCCGACACCAUCCGCAAUGACAUCACCAAAACUUGCCUGGACGAGAUGAAUGUGGUCCGCUUCACUGGGUCCUCUUGGAUCAAACAUGGCACUGAGUGUACUCUCUGCCAAUGCAAGAAUGGCCACAUCUGUUGCUCAGUGGAUCCACAGUGCCUUCAGGAACUGUGAAGUUAACUGUCUCACUGGAAAUUUCUGUUUAAAGAAUGUUCUUUCAUUAAAAAGACCAAAAAAAAAAAAAAGGUAAAACUUAAAGUGGAUGAUUUGUGGGCAGCUAAGUGCAGCAUUGUUAUUAGCUGAGUGAACUUUCAAUUAUGAAAUUCAUGGAGCUUGAGAAAAUCACAAAAGGAAAAGGCUUGGAAAAUCACAAAAGGAAAAGGCUUGGGGCAAAACUGGACGAGAAUUCCACCUCAACGGUGUCUGACGUCAAACAUGUAGAGGAAUGGGUGUGAAAUACAUACCAUGACAUCAUGACCCCUGGACAUAAAGCCUGAGCUUAUGGGAGCUUUGGAAGCCUCUGGCUUCACUGGUGCAGAAAAUACUCCUCUAGACCAGAAUCUUCAUGAAUCAGUUCAGUUCUUCACUGCAGAAAAUAAAAUGUAAGGCGGUGAAUGAGUUCUAUUUUCAGAAGCAAAGCAAAGAAGCUGUAACAUGUUAUAUGUACAAUAUACACUCUGAGAAGAAAUCUGAAACAUUAUUGUCAUGAUAAAAAUAAUGCACAGGCAUGGUUACUUACUAUUUUCUAACAAGAGAACUCAUCCCUAUUUCCUUGUUUUACUGCACUUAAUAUUUGGUUGAAUUUGUUCAGUAUAAGCUCGUUCUUGUGUAAAAUCAAAUAAAUAUUUCUCUUACCUUAUAA